AAAAAAAUCCACCACGAAAAAUGCUUCGCAAAGGUUUGUCUCUCAUCAAAAAGAGAAGCACUUGUGCUGUGUUGAACAACAUCGCUAAGAGAAGCGCUUCCACAGCUAAUCUUCCUGAUUCUGAACCAACUGUUUAUCAUGAUGACUUGAUCACUACUGAAAACAUUGUUAAGAAAUUCGAAGAACUUUUGCAAGAUGAAGAUGCUAAACUCUUCAAACCAAGAUUUGAAACAUCUUUUGAAGAAUUCGAAUCACAAUUCAGAGAACUCAUGAACAAGACUACUUAUCAUGAUGAUGAAUUUGUUUCCUUCAUCAACAAGACCUUGGAUUUCCCAAAGGAAGAAGUUGAAGAAAUCCUCAGAGGUAAAGAACCAAAAUUCUAUAAAAAAUCUGACAAUGGUGAUUUGGAUGUUGAUUGGAUUGAAUUUGCCAGAUUGUUCCAACGUACUGAAACUGAAAAAUCAUUGUUGCCACAAUUUGAAAGAGAAUUCAAGGAAAUGAAGCAAUUCAAGAUGGAAUUGGAAGAAGAAACCCACAAGAAGCAAGUUUCUAUUGAUUGGGCUGAAUGGGAAAAGAAGUUGGGUACUUCAACUGUUCAAAAGAUUAAGAGAGAUUUUGAAUUGGUUGUUGAAAAGACUCGUCCAAGAAUUGAUACCAAGGUUAUCGAAGAAAAAUUAGACGAAUUGUUGAACCCUGUUUUGGGUCAAUUAAAGGAUGACUUGGUUGAAGCUUUGCCACAACUCAAGCUCGUGACUGAAGAAUUGGUCCGUGAAACUCCUCUCCUCAGAAGAGAAGAAAAUGGAUUGACUCAACAAUACAUGGCUCCAUGGUUCAUUGAUAGAUAUUUCCCAACUGAACGUGAUGAAUUGAUCAAGGAAAUUGAAGAAGAUGACUGGGAUGUCGAAUACACUGCCCAAAUCAAGGCUACCAGAUUGAAUCCUGAUGAAAUCCUCGUCCGUAAUAAGGAAUGGAUUACCAAGGAAUCAUCCAAGAUUGAAGAAGAUGAAUACAGAUCAAUCUCCUCCAAGGCUGCUACUUUGUCUGCCAAGAAGAGAGAAGAACAAAACUUGUACCAUGGUGUUAUCGAUGGUGCUCGUCGUGUUAAGGAAUUGGAAUCUGAAGUUGCUUCUUUGAGAUCAUCAUCUGAAUCUGCUGCUGAAGAAGGUAAGAAGGACGGUGAAAAGAAGGAAAAGAAGGAAGACAAGCUUGCUUUGUCUGACGAAGAAUGGUGGUCAUUCUUGUCAUCAUUCGGUGUUGGUAAGGGCGCUAAGACCAAGAGAGACUUUGCUCACUUCAAGAGUGAAGAAGCUGCAAGAGCUUGGGAAGAAGGUGGUGAAAAGGAGAGACAAAGAGCCGAAGAAGCUUUCUUCAAGACUGAAAGACUUAAAUAAGUUAAUUAACUUGUAUUUUGUAAAGAUUAGGGUGUUUUUCAUUUCCACAGACGCAAUUUUUGUCGGCCAAUAACUGACACAUAAUAAAUAAAAAAUUAAAUUAUAAUA